GGGGCAGAUGGUAGCGCGAGAACACGGGCGCUGCUUUCGUUCGCCUUUCGUCGGCGAGGGGUUUUGUGUACGCGAGCGCGCGCGCGAUACUUUCGAUUUCGUCGAGUGGGCCGGCCUCUCGCGGAGAGCCGCACUCCAGGAGGCGAGCAUGCCAGUAGUCGACGCGCGCUAGAGCGACGGCGUGUGUUUAUCGCGCUCGCAACGUCGACAGCGGGUCGACGCCGUCGUACGGUUAGAGCUGUCACGGUGACGUGCGACGCGCGACGCGUGCGAAGGAGGCUCGUUAUCGCGGCACAGGUGUCUCGCGAUUUACGUCAAUUGCUCGCGACAGGUGGACAUUCCUUCGGAGCGACGGAGAUCUCUCGGCGGAAGCGAGACGGAGGGAAUGGAGAUACGUGGAUUUUCGCCCGAAGCUAACAGGAUCUCUUCGUGGCGGUCGGACCGAAGGACACCGAGAUCGACGAGAAGCAUGUAGAUAUCACCCGGGGAACGUAAUCUCGACUCCCGUCACCGCCUACCUCUUUUCCUAGCGAGUCUCGGGUGUGCUCGCGCGCGCGCGCGCGUGCUUUGACCGUAUGCUCGGCGUGUCAUCGAUUUUUCGGCGAUUGUGUGCAACUCGCGUCGCCGGUAGAGAAUUCGCCAACAGGAUUAUGAAGAGGAUUAAGAGCCGCGCGUAAGGAGACCUACGUGCGUGCGUACGUCCGCGCGAGCGAGCGAACGCACGUCGUGCCGCGAAAGGCGAGAACGAAAAGAGAGAAAGCGACGGGGAAAAAGGCUAGAGAGAGAGAGAGAGGAGCCAUCGACAACGCGCGUCCAACAUGGCUACCACCGGCAGCAACGCGAACGCCGGCAACGAGGCGGCGAACGGUAGCAGCAACGUGCCGCAGUGGAAACGCGACCUGAUACAACGUCGUCGUCAACAGAGCAAGGUCCUCGCCAACAACGGCGCGAGCGUGAAAUUAUGUAGCGCGGUAAUCGGCACGUCGGCGAGCGCGGACGGGGUCGUGGAGCAGAACGCGCCAAGCGUCCAGGAACAUUGCUCGGUCGCCGGCACGCUCCGGAUGGCGCAACGUUUGACAACAACGAGCAGCGAGGACACCGGGACGACCGUCGCGGUUUGCGGCGGCGGCGGGGGUGGGGGUGGGGGUGGGGGUAUCGGGGAUAAUGCCAGUGGCGCGCUGCUCUCCCCCCCCUCCUCGUAUUCCGCGAGAAGGCCGCCGAUCAGUGGCGCCGCCGGCGGAGCAGCGGCGACAGCUGCCGACUUCGCGUCAGUCGCGUACAACAUGCGUCUCGAGGCGGACCUGUCGCUCUGCUCGGACGCGGAGGAUGUUGUGAACGGCGCGCCGACCAAGUUCGCGAUGGACGAGCGGAAAUUCUCGGAUUACGCCGGGGACGAGAACGAGGAGGCGGCGAGAGCGAUCGCGAGGAUGGGGAACGAGGGGAACGAGGCGCCGCAGCGCGCGGUCGUAACCGGGCGCGGGAAGGACGCUCUUGGCGGAAACGCGAGGACGUUGAAGGAGUUGCCGCCGACGAGCGAUCGCCGCCACGUGUCCGGGGAGGACGCGGAGAGCGAUAGCUCUGAGGAACUGCAGUACGGACCGGGAAUCGUGAACAAGCUCAAGAGCAAGUAUCUUAACCUAACCCUGCGCGAAACGACCAAGAGCCGCGCGUCGGUGCAGCGAUUCCGGCGAGCGGCCAGUCUCGAGGACCUGCUGGAUCGCGACGACGACGAGGCGUCCGGUCACGAGAAGCAGCCCGCUAUCGGUAGGAGAUACGCGAAGCGCGAGGCCGGCUCGACGAGCGGCGACGGUGUCGUCGCUCCCAAGACCGACAGGUACCGAAAUGCCACCCGGGGCAACGACUCGAUGAAGCGGGCGCGGAGCGUCGAGACCUUGAUGAGGUACAACAGCGUGACGACGGAUGAGCCGAUUAUGCGGCAGCUUGUUCCGGUUGCUCGACCGGCAACCAACGGCGUGCGCCAGGAGCCGGUCAAUGACCACAUUAUUCUCGUGGAUCGCACGUCCGUGAAGAUUGAAAGUCGUCUGGGCGAGCUCGAGCGGCCCAAGCCGGUCAACAAGCCCAAGAGGAUCAAGCCGGUGCUGGCGGAAACGGAACGACCGCCUCCCGAUCUAGUCAAGACCACGAUGAGGAUCUUCGAAAGCUCCGCGAAGAAGGUGAAGCCCAAGGGCGAGGUCGCCGCGAAGGUCGCCACUUUCAAGACCAUCAACGACACGUUCAAGGCGCAGAAGAAGCUGAUGCCGAAGCCGCCGAUACAGCCCAAGCCCUUCGUCAACGGCGGCGCUCGCCCCGGUUCCGGGGGCCUCGGCUCCCCGAAGAAGAUUAUGUUACACAAACCGACGGCGAAGUUGAUCGAGACGCAGGACGGCAAGGAGGAGUAUCGCAUAGAUGGCAUCAUCACGGAACCGAUCGCGCAAUCAGUGUCCUCGGUGGUGAGCAAGUUCCAGCAGAUCGAAAAAUCGCAUUCGCCCUCGCCGUCCCCGGAACCCUCGUGUUACAAGUUCAAGUUCUCGCCGGCCAACAGCCCCGAACCGCCGCAGAUGUGCAAGCAGAUGCCCAAGUCGGUCGCUCUCGAGAUCGUUGUCAAAUCGCCGCCGGUCACCCCGGUACUUUCGCCGAGGAUCCCGUCACCCAGACUGCAGAGCCCGCCAUCGCCGAUCAAGGACGUCAGGCAGGGCUCGCAGAGUCCCUCCUCUCCCGUCAAAGACUCGAUCCGAAUUCAGAUCUUGAAUCCGUUCCACAAACCGCCACUGCCGAGCCCCGUCAGGGAACCCUCCAAGACCUCGGAACCGGAAUCGUUUCAAGUUCCUCGCUCGCAGAUCGAGGAGCCUUCGAGGACGAACGUCGAGAGUCCAGAAUCACCCAUCAAAGCGGAACGAAAAGAAGACGCGAAAUCGAGUCGCGUUACGUCCAACGACGAUGAGGAAGAGGAGGUCGUCGACGGGCCGAGAACCAUCUCCAAGCUCGCCCUGGACAACAUCGGCAGAGCCGGCAUAACGAUGCAGUUCAACUUUGGCGACAAGUCCGUGACCGACAAAAGUUAUCUACCGGGUGUGAAGCAAAACGGACAGAGAUCGGAAGACGAUCGUUGCGCGAAAACAGAGUCCAGAAACAAGACGAUCGUUCCGUCCGAUGCACCCGCCGGCCUGGUGAUGACCUCCGAGACGACGUACAGAUUGCAAGAGAGACUCGGAUCCGAGAAGCUCGACGACAAGGAGGACGAGCUGAAGCUGAUCGAGGAGAAGCUGAUCGUGCCGGAGAGCAAACCCAUCGGCGCCAUUUGCAGUCUGGGCUUGAUCAAGACCGCGACCACGACGACGGCGUAUCCGCAGAGCAACAACGAGGCGAAGACGAUAAGAUGCCAGCAGAAGAGCGAGUUCUCGCUGCCCCAGAAGCAGAUCGGCAUCAUACGGCCGCUCGUCUCGACGCAGAAGACGCAGCAUCCGCAGCAGAACCUGAGUAAUCGCGAACUCGAGAAGAACCUGAUCAAUCGGGUCAAGAGUAUCGAGCAGCCGACCAAGGUGGUAGUGAGCCUGAAGAGCGCCGAUGAGAUACAGCCGACGAAGAAGACGAAUGCGGGAGGCGGCGGCGGACUCUGGGAUACGAAGCCAUGGAACCAGCAAAACAAUACGAUGGUGUUCAACUUUAGCAACCGAAAAGACGUGCCGGAUUACAUCGAGAAUGAUGGUCUCAUCAUCAGGAGAAAGCGGGAGAAGCCGAAGGUUGGCGAUGGCGGCAUUAUAGUACUCGAUGCUACUUUGGAUGCAUCUACGACCGACGAUGCCGAGUGGGAGAUCUCCGGGGGUCCGCCAUCACCCUGCGAUGUAUCGUUUCUCAACGACAAUGUCCUCAUCAACGGACGCAGCAACCUCUCGAGGACGCCACGAAAUCAUAAGCACCGAAUACAGUUCGACGACACCGCGACUCGUACUUUCGAGUAUCCUAGCGAAUCAUCGAUCCUCGAAGGCGAGACCAGUAGUGUGGAUGGCGAGACUUCCGGUUCCAUCGAGCAACAGUCUACGACGGGCAACAACAAAACCUCGACUACCAGCUCGACGACGACAAGUAUGCCGUCUCUUCUCGAUGGUGGAGGAUUAGCCAGUUAUACACCCAGCAAGGUGGAUUUGACGUCCGAAGGUUUUGAGCUGGGUAUCACCAGAGCCAUACCGAUGGUAGUUUCCGCAUCAGCAGCAACAGGACAAACUGAAAAUAAGAGCGACGUAGAAUGCUUGAGACCAGCUCAAGAUGCAGGUGCGUGGGGUUCGGAAACGACCGGAGAUCUUCUUUAUUGAAGAGACAAAAAGAAGAAAUGCAAACUACAAGCUUUAACAGCUACACCAUUAACAGCUCAACGUCCCUCCGCAGCAAUAGAAUGAAAGAAACGAAAAUGAAACUUAUAAGACUUAAGAAAUAUUUUUUUUCUAGCGUCGACGAAAUCGCGAAAACCACAAACACAAACGUCAAUGUUAUACCGAAGUUUAAUAAAAAAGUUUAUGACAAAUGCUCACACAGUUAUAUAAAGCAAAUUUUUCAUAGAAAACAAGUUAGACGUCGCGUUCGUGAUCGGACGAACACAUACUGGACCACAAAUAAAUUAUUGUCAAAUAUUUAAACUCAUAAUUAAGCUAAGUAAACCUUUUUCUCCGAUUUCGAAGAAAAUCAAAAGUGCGAUCUCCGUUCAUGAACGCUUUGAAAAGAAAGAAUCGAGUUUAUUUAGAUUAAGUAAGAACUAACAGUAUCAUUCCAAGUAUAUGCAUUUAUUUUGUAUCAUUAUGGUAUAUCAAAUGAAUGGACUUUUUCUCUAGACAAUGAAUCAUCGAAACUGCCAAGAAACAUUAGGGCUGUCUCUUUUGUAGUAACACUUGGAAGGAAAUGCUCAGUGAUACUGAUACUUUGUUGCAUAGAGAAAAGUAUAAAGAGAACAUAUUAUCUUUUUGGCAUACUAUAUAUGAUAGAAGAGAAAUCAACAGGAAAAUCGAAAAUUUUGUAACCUUUUUGAGAUUAUUUUAAUGUUAAGCUGUGGAAUGUUCAAGCUGCCAGUAAAAGGCCAGAGUUUUAUGUGUGAGUUUUUAUAAAAAAAAAGCGAAUGAUUGAAUGUCUCAAAGAUUCAAUGGAAAGGAAAAGAAGUUCAAGAGAAAACAUUUCGAGUCUAGAUUUGUAAACGUUUUUGCCAAAGUAGAACGUAAGUCUACUUAGUAUAUUUAAUAAUGUAUAUGUACAAUAAGUGUUUCAGAGUUCGGCAAAACUGUAAGAAUUGUAAAUUUCAGAACAUUGUCAUUUGUGCCGAAUAUAUGGCAAAUCAUAUUAUAAGUAUGCCUUGCAAGUAAGAUAAGCCAUUACAGUGUGUUUUUUCAUAUUUUGAGGUUGCAUUUAUUUUUCAAGUAUAUAUAAUACAUGAAACUAAUAGCUUUCUUCAGCAUAGGAAAUACAUAAGAGAAAAAACAAUUUAAUAAUAAUUGUUAAUUUUAAGAUUGAAUUUUGUAUAUACUAAAUUGUUGUGCCGGUCUAAAAAGCCAUCUGAGAUAAGUCGAGUCACGAAAAAUUCGAGAUAAAAGAAAAAUUAUAUUGUUUUAAGAUCAGUUUUCUUGUAUUAUCUUUGUUUCUUUUUUUUCUUUUGUGUUAAUCACUUUCUAUUAUCUAUUGUAGCGUCUUGGAUGCGUUACUAUAAAUAAUCGAAAAUAUUGUUUUGAAUCAUGUAGGUAUUCAAUUCUCGUAUAGUUAUUUAAUAAUGUAUGAUUGUAGCAAUAUAUAUAUGUAGUUAAUAUAAUUUUAAUUUUAUCACUUGGACAGAGUAAUUCAAGCGAAAAAAUUCAAUAAGAAAAUAAUUUAUUAUAAAAAUUAAUUGUAUUAAAAGUAUUACAAAGUUGUGUGAAGUAAAAUUGUUGCCGCGUUUUGUUAAAAUUUCAAAUAUAUUUACUCUUUAUUUAGAUGCUGUACUAAUUCACUAUUCUUUGCAAUAUAUUGCAUUGUUUAAAAGACCUGUUUUUGUAUCACAGCAUUGUAUCUCACAUUGUGAUAUUUUUGUUAAUUUUUGUAGUAUAAAAUACGUGAUUUCUAAUUUUUCUCAAACAUAGUAAUAUACAAGUCGAUAUUCUUUGUAUAUCUCAUUAUCAUGAGAACAUUGCAAGGAGAUAAUAAAAAGAUUAUAUUUGUGCAACAUUCCAAAUUCAAAUCAUGUUUGUAUAAGUAUUUUUCUUUUUCAAAUUUGUCAAUUAUUAAUCUGCUAAUUGUAAUCUCCUUGCUUCAAUACAGGAGAAAGCUGUGUAACAGUUUUGUAAAUUACCAUUGUACAGUAUCACAAGAUAUACCAUGUCUCAAGUAAAUAAUAAUAAGCAGAAACAAUUGCAAGAUAACGAUUAAUAACUGAGAGAUGGAGAACUUAGAUAGGUAUAUCUCCUUCUCUAUAUACAUAUAUAUAUUAUUACCUUUUUAAAUAUACUUACCAUGUAAAAGUAUCGUGUGAUGUACUGUCUGUGUGUUACUAAAUAUCAAAGUAAUAAAAGAGACAAUUACCCCUUA